CAGGGCCGGCACUGCUUCCUCUUUCUGCUUCUCUGUUUCCUAACGACGUCAGCAUAAAUAGGAAGCCUGAGAGGCUCACUGGCUGCCGCCUGGAGACUCCAACAGAAAGUCCUUCUGUCCCGGCACAGAGAGGCCUAGAGAAGGCAGAGACCUGGAGAGAGGAUUUCCAAGAGCUGAUGACAUGGGCCUGGUCGGGCCCCCAGCUGGGGAGGAACACAAGAUUCCAGGACAGUGAGGAGCCCCAGACCCUGCCCAGACCUGGACCCACCGGAGCCGACCACCUGCUGCUCCAGAGCCGACUCUAGAGAUGGCGCUGGCCCGGGGACCGCUCGCCUUCACCCUGCUGGUGCUCUGCUGGGGGCCCGGCAUGGCCGGGGCCCAAGGGACCUUCCCGCUGCAGACCCUGCGCUGCUAUAACGACUACACCAGCCGCAUCGUCUGCAGGUGGGCAGACACCCAGGAUGCCCAGCGGCUGGUCAAUGUGAUCCUCCACCGCAGGCUGAAAGGGGAGCUUCCACAGCCUGUGUCCUGCAAUCUCAGUGAUGGCACGCCCUGGUUAGACGGCCCUUGUCCCCGCUGUGUGUCCAGAAGAUGUGUCAUUCCCUACCAAAAUUUUGUCAUUGCUGACUAUGACUACUUCUCAUUCCGACCAGACCGGCCUCUGAGUGCCCAGCUCACCGUUACUCUGAGCCAGCAUGUGCAGCCCCCCGCACCCAAGGACCUCAACAUCAGUGCCGCCGGGGACCGCUUCCUGCUGUCCUGGAGUGUGGCCCACGGGGUUUCUCCGAGCCACUGGCUGUCCAGCCUGGAGUUUGAGGUGGUCUACAGGCGGCUUCAGGACCCCUGGGAGGAUGCGUCCACCAUCUACUCCAACUCCUCCUGGGCCAUCCUGGGGCCAGAGCACCUCAUCCCUAGCAGCACCUACGAGGCCCGAGUGCGCACCAGGCUGGCCCCGGGCUCGGGGCUCUCGGGUCGGCCCAGCCAGUGGAGCCCAGUGGUUCAAUGGGCCUCCCAGCCAGGGGAUGAGGCCCAGCCCCAGAACCUCCAGUGCUUCUUUGAUGGGGCUGCCCUGCUCAGCUGCUCCUGGGAAGUGAGGUCCGAGGUGACCAGCUCAGUCUCCUUCACCCUCUUCUACCAGGCCAGCCCCAGUGCACGGGAGGAAGAAUGUUCCCCAGUGCAGACAGAGGAGACCAGCAGCCCCUACAUCCGACACCGAUGCCAGAUUCCUGUGCCCGACCCCAGGAACUACAGCCAGUACAUCGUCUCUGUUCGACCAAAGGAGGAAGAGAAGCUUAUAAAGAGCUCAGAGAAUAUUCAGAUGGCUCCCCCGACCCUCAACGUGACCAAGGGCAGAGAUGGCUACAUCCUGCAAUGGAAAGAAGAAAAAAUGAGCUAUGAACACAUAACUUGUAUCUUCGAGGUCCAGUACAAGAAAGAUGCAGCCUCAUGGGAGGAGACCAAGGCAGAGAAAUUCCCGAACGCCCACACCAUGUCCCUGCCACCUCUGGAGCCCGCCACCAGGUACCAGGCCAGAGUGAGAGUCAAACCGGACCCCAGGGGCUACAACGGGAUCUGGAGCGAGUGGAGUGAGGAGAGCUUCUGGGACACUGAGUGGGUGCUGCCCAUGUGGGUCCUGGUGCUCAUCCUGGUCGUCACCACCCUAACCCUGCUUCCAGUCCUGCGCUUCUGUGGCGUCUAUGGGUACAGGCUGAACCGGAAGUGGGAGGAGAACAUCCCCAACCCCAGCAAGAGCCACCUGUUCCAGAAUGGGAGCACCGGGCUCCAUCUCCCAGACAGCAUGUCCAUCCUCAGCCGCGCGAGCCGCCCGCACAAGGGGCUGUGGGGCAGCAGCUGCCCUGAGCUGCAGGGGGUGUCCCCUGUAGACUACGGGCACAAUGAGGUGUCACCUCUCACCACAGAGGACCCUAAAGAUGCCUGUGACUCAUCCUCUGAGCCUGACACGACUCUGGAAGCCUCGGACCUCCCCAAGGAGCAGCCCCCCAGUGUCCCUCCAGGCCUGGCCGCCCCCUCAAGCAGACCCGACAGCCAGGCUUCUGGCUUUGACUUCAACGGCCCCUACCUGGGGCCGCCCCACAGCCGCUCCCUGCCUGACAUCGUGGGCCAGCAGGUGCCCCCCCAGACAGGUGUGAGCAGGAAGUUACAGCCCCCAGGGUCCCUGGAGUACCUGUGUCUGCCUGCAGGGGGGCAGGUGCAGCUGGUCCCGCUGGCCCAGGUGAUGGGGCAGGGCAAGGUCAGGGAUGCGGACACAAAGUCCAGCCAAGGGACUGAAGGGAGCCCUUCCUUGGAGUCAGAGACAGGCCCUGCACCUCCGGAGCCUGGGCUGAUGGUGGGUGGUCAGGGCCCGAAGGACAGGCCCCCCGUGGUCCUGCCCACUGGUUCUCGGGGUCCUGAGGAUGGCACUGUGGUCACUGGUUAUAUCACCACUGCAGAUCUGACAUUCACUCCACUCACAGGGGUCCUAUCUCCCUUCCAGGCCCCCCCUCUGAUUCUCCCCUCAGACCAGAACCCCAGCUUCUGCCCUGGACUGGCUGAUGGGCCCUCUAGACCCCUAGUCCCGCAGAAGCCAGAGUUCGAGGGCUAUGUGGAGCUCCCUCCAACUGCAGGCCAGUUUCCCCAGUCCCCUCUGGCCAGUCCUGUGCCUCCUGCAGCCAACAGUCCUCUUCUGAGCCCAGGGCCACCCCGGACAGAUGUGACCCCAGCUUCCCCAACCCCCGAGGGGCUCCUUGUCCUGCAGCAGGUGGGUGACUACUGCUUUCUCCCUGGCCCAGGGUCUGGCUCUCUCUCACCCCAGAGUAAGCCCACUUCUCCAGGACCCUGUCCUGAGAUCAGGGAACUCAACCAGGUGUUCCAGGCCAAGGAGCCCCCAUCUCAGGCCAUUCCCCAGGUGCGGGCCUUUCCCCAGGUGCCGGCCAUUCAGCUCUUCAAAGCCCUGAAGCAGCAGGAUUACUUGUCACUGCCCCCUUGGGACAUCAGCAGGCCUGGGGAGGUGCACUGAGACCCUGUAGCCCUUGAGGAAGGGGAAUAGAAGGAGAGGGUCUGUCUUUCCUCCCACCCUGCCUUUCCCUCCUGCCAGACCCUGGUCCCUUCCAUGGUCCUUUCCGCAAAGCCAAGGAGAAGCUUCGAUAUUGUAACAAAUAGAGACCAGAAAAAGAUGUCAACCAUCUACCUCCUCCCUUGACCUUCAUCAAGGUCAAGCUCCUCUGUCUCUCCCUCCUUCUCUGCCCGCCCCCUACAUACACAGACACACACACACACACACUGUUCUUUCAAAUUAACUUAUUUUAGGUUCUGAAUUAUUAGAGCUUUAUAUACAUACUCAUUUCAUUUGUCCCCAUCUUCUUUUUUACCCAGUUUCCCUGCUUUUGCUAUUGCCUUCUUUCUCUUUCCACUGAUUUAUCAUUACAGUGAGUUGAGGUCCAGGCUAAGCCUAUUCUGAGAUGCCACGUCUCAGAGCCUAUUCUGAUGUUGACACAUCUGGUUGUGUGGAGGACUUCUGUCUGUCCCCAACAGGCAUGAAUGCACAUGGUAAGAUUCCAGCCCGGAGGCAGGAGGCACGGGGUGGGCGCUUGGGGGUUUCAGGCUUGGAAGAGCAGCCCUGGACUCAGCAUCCUUUGGUCAGGUGCUGCAGGCCCAGACCUGGUAGCAAAGCACCAGCCUCCAUUGUCAGUCCAAGAAAUGGCAGUGGCAUGGGAAGCCCUGUGUUGAGCUCAUAGGAAGCCCUGCUAUUCUCACCAAGGUGACUGGGGAGCCUCGGGGAGCCUCAGGGACCCCAGGCCCUGCAUCUUGUAGAGGCCAUUGACCUGAGCAGUGGACAGUGCAGGCUCCUGGCUGAAGUGAUCUCCUUCCUACACCCAGGCUGGUAGGGCCUGGGGAAAUUCGGGAGGGGAGGGGAGUCCUGAACCCAUGUCAACCAUAGAUAAGUUGGAAAGAACUGCUCAACAAGGGAAAAAGGGAAAUAAUCCAAGGGCACAUACACUUGAGCUUGUAGUCCAAAUCUCCCAGACAUCCUCCCUCCAGAAAUACUUUACAACCCCCACCCCACCAGCAACAUAUAAGGGGCUUUUGGUCUAUGGCUUGGACUACACUGGGGACCAUGGUUCUCUCAAAUCUUUGCCUUUCUGAUAUACAAAAAAAAAAAAAAAAUGGCAUUAAAUUGUUUUAAUUUGCAUUAUUUAAGAACUAUCAUGUUUGCACAUAUUUUCAUAUUUCUUGGGCAUUUAUAUAUUUUUUUACUGAGUUAAGCCCAUUAAGGUCUUUGUUGUGUUGGGUGUCUACUUUUUUCUAAUUAAGCUUUAAAACCUAUUUAGCUCCAGCCUUUCACAGAUGGUGCAAAUUUGUUUUCCUCAUUUAUGCUUUGUCUUUUAAUUGUGCAUGUGAUGCUUUUGGGUUGUAUUCAAUGUAGACUUGUCUGGGUGGUCAAAUAGAUCUACAAGUGAACUCCAUGGCUCCACUUUGGGUGUCAAGUUGACAAAGGCCUUCCCCACUUCAAAAUUGUAUUUGUCCAAAGUUAUAUUUUUUCAGGUUCUUUUUGUGUUUCAAGCUUCUGAUGUGAAAUUAUAGUGAUUUGGCAAUGUAUACAUGUGAAAUGGAGAACUGGUUUUCUUUCCUCUCAAUGAGUCACCUGUGUGUUCUGGCAUCAUUGAUUGAAUUGCCCAUUCUUCAUCCAUGUAUCUGAAAUGCCACUUAUAUGAUCUAGAAAAUUCAUGUAUAUACUUAGUCAGUUGCUAAGCUUUCCUUUUUAGUACAUUGUCCUCUCCAUGGUGCCCCACAGUUUUGACUGUUCUAGCUUUAUAAUAUGUUUUAAUACGUGGGAGAGCAAAUGUUCUUGCUCCUUUUGUCCACAAAUCCCUGUUCAUUACAGCAUUAUUUGUGGUCGAAGAAAAUGAUAAACAAUUUAAAUCCUCACCAAUAGUGAGAUUAAUCACAACAUUUGAGUCCAUUUUAAAGUGGAAUCCUGUGUUCAAAAUGAAUGAGGCGUAGAGACACAGAUGUGGAGAACAAACGUAUGGACACCAAGGGGGGAAAGUGGGGAGGGGGCGGGGAAUGAAUUGGGAGAUUGGGAUUGCCAUAUAUACUUUACUAAUAAGAAAAAAAUAUCAAAUUGUACACUCUAAAUAUAUGCAGUUUAUUGUAUGUCAAUUAUAUCUCAAUAAAAGUCCUUAAAAAAAAAACCAAAAGACAAAAAAAUGAAAUGAAUGAGGCAGACCUACAUGCAUUAGAAAGAAGUCCACGAUAUGAAGUCCAAAGUGUUUGGACAUUGUUAACUGAAAAAA